AAAGUAAGGGGUGACGCGUUUGCGGCGAUACAAUUGAAAAGAAAGCAGGAACAAGUAAUUGUGUGUGUCGCGAUCAGUGGAACAACAAGGGAGCAAAUAGAUCGGAUGGAAUGUACGAGUAACGGUGUUCAACCAUUAGACACGCAGCUUGAUCAACUCUCCCCCGCGCUGGAUCCUCUACAUUUAGGCCUGAUGGAGCUGGGCACGCCACGAGCGCUGACCACCGGGGAACACACAACACGCUCUGCCCCCCAUCGCCGACCUUGAAAGGAGGGACACUCAGCUACUCCUAACCUUCCUUUCUCCCCUCUUCCACUACCUCAUCUGGUACACCUCUGUCCUCCCCCUCCCUUCCUCCCCCCUCCCUGGUCCUGAGAUGGUGAUGGUGAUGAUGAUGAAGCUGAAGCAGAACCUGCUGGUGGCCUGUCUGGUCAUCAGCUCAGUCACAGUCUUCUACUUGGGUCGUCACGCCAUGGAGUGUCACCACCGYAUCGAGGAGCGCAGCAGCCAGCCUGGGGACCAAGGGCUUCUGGGGGGCCUUCAGGGGCCAAGAGGGUUGCUCCUGGGGGGCUCUUUGAGCUCCUCCACCAUCCUGCGGGGCUCUGGUCCCAGGGGCCAUAACCUCUCCGUUCCAUUCGUCUACAACAAGGACAUGCCCCUAGUGUUCAUUGGAGGGGUUCCCAGGAGUGGGACAACGUURAUGAGAGCCAUGCUUGAUGCUCACCCUGAUGUUCGGUGUGGAGAGGAGACCAGGGUUAUUCCACGUAUCCUGGCCAUGAAACAGAUGUGGUCGCGGUCGGGGAGGGAGAAGAUGCGUCUGGACGAGGCCGGGGUGACGGACGAGGUCCUGGACGCUGCCAUGCAGGCCUUCCUCCUAGAGAUCAUCGUGAAGCACGGCGAGCCCGCCAACUUUCUCUGUAACAAGGACCCCUUUGCUCUGAAGUCCCUCUCCUACCUGGCUAAGAUCUUCCCGCACGCCAAAUUCUUGCUAAUGAUCCGGGACGGACGCGCCUCGGUCCAUUCCAUGAUCUCGCGUAAGGUGACGAUCGCUGGCUUUGACCUGGGCAGCUACAGAGACUGCCUGACCAAGUGGAACAGGGCCAUAGAGACCAUGUACACUCAGUGCCUGGAGGCCUCAGACAAGUGCCUGCCGGUGCAUUACGAACAGCUGGUGCUCCAUCCAGAGAAGUGGAUGAGGACGCUGCUCAAAUUCCUGGACAUUCCCUGGAACGAGGCGGUACUUCACCAUGAGGAACUCAUAGGGAAAGCAGGAGGUGUCUCCCUCUCCAAGGUGGAGAGGUCUACAGACCAGGUGAUCAAGCCGGUCAACGUGGAGGCCUUAUCCAAGUGGGUGGGCAAGAUCCCUGCGGACGUACUGAGGGACAUGCCCGUCAUCGCCCCCAUGUUGUCCCGUCUGGGGUACGACCCCCACGCCAACCCUCCCAACUACGGCCAGCCAGACCCCAAGGUCCUUGACAACACCAGGAGGGUGAGUAGGGAAACGAAUGACAGUGACAUGUCAACCCACAACACAUACCCCAAACACACUCUCACCCACACAACUCUAGUGAACAGGGAAACAUGUUAA